GUGAAAAGAAGACAGGCGGCAAAAACACCAUCAAGCUAGGUCACCGAAUGGACUACUUAGACUUUUGCUGUUUGUUUAGUUAAAUACAAAACCGGUAUUACAAGUGUCAUAAUAGCUUGUUUUUGCUCUUGUACAGAAUCACAACACACUGUAAUAUUACAAUCAACCAGUGCUAUUAGUUUAACUCGUGAGGAUAAGCGGCAUAGAAAGAGGAUGGAUGUUUGCUAGCUGCGGUUUGCUGUCAUUUCCUGUCCUUCGGUGGUUUAUUACAGCAAAUCUUGAGGAGGCGUGGCGCCGCAGUCAGCUACUUCUGCUCUUGAGUUUGAAGCCAUGCGGCUCUCCAUCUUGGAACCUUGUAUUAUCCUGCUCCUGUCGCUAUGGAGUGACGUCAGAGGUGAAGACAGGAAGCCUAAUUUUGUCCUCAUCAUGGUGGACGACAUGGGAAUUGGAGAUGUGGGUUGCUACGGUAACGACACCAUCAGGACCCCCAACAUCGACAGGCUGGCCUCCGAAGGGGUGAAGCUAACACAGCACAUGGCAGCUAGUUCUCUGUGCACACCAAGCCGUACCGCCUUCUUGACGGGACGCUAUCCUGUCCGCUCAGGGAUGGCAGGAUCUGUGUGGUCCCCGGUGCUGCUCUUUCUGGGUGGUUCAGGUGGACUGCCACCCAAUGAGACCACUUUUGCUAACAGGCUACAGCAACAAGGGUACACCACCGGUUUAGUUGGUAAAUGGCACCUCGGCGUCAACUGUGAACACAGAGGAGAUCACUGUCACCACCCUAACCACCAUGGCUUCAACUUCUUCUACGGCAUGCCUUUCACCUUGGUCGAUGACUGUGUUCUAGGAAUGGGAACAUUUAUAAUGGCUCGGCUUCAGCAGACAUUAAAAAAUGUGUCCGCGUUGCUUGGAAUUGGACUUUUCACACUGGUGUUUAUUCGUGCUUGCGGCCUUUUCGACAUAAGCCCACGGCUGUUGACGGCGCUCUUCUUAUUUGGAAUUCUGUUGACUGCCGUGUGGUUCGUGCCCUUUCACUUCCUGCCCCGAUGGAAUUGCAUCGUCAUGAGGGACCAGGAGGUGGUGGAGCAGCCGAUGACGACGGAGACGUUGCCCUAUAGGAUGCUGACAGAGGCGCAGCAGUUUGUGAAGAGGAAUGCUCAUCAUCCAUUCCUUCUGUUCUUCUCUCUGAUCCACAUCCACACCCCGCUCUUCAACACUCCUGCAUUUGCUGGCAAAAGCCGCCACGGUCGCUAUGGUGAUAACAUGGAAGAGUUGGACUGGAUUGUUGGUGAACUAAUACAGACUUUGGAUUCACUGGGCAUGGCCAACAAUACUCUAGUAUACUUGACUUCAGACCAUGGAGGACACAUCGAAAACUCUCAUCCUCUGAUUGGCCCGGGAGGAGGAUGGAACGGCAUCUAUCGAGGUGGGAAAGCAAUGGGGGGCUGGGAAGGCGGCAUCAGAGUUCCUGGUAUUUUCCGCUGGCCCAGCAGACUGGCACCUGGAAGAAUGGUGGACGAGCCCACCAGCCUCAUGGAUCUGUACCCGACCCUGAAGUAUCUCGCCCAAGACACCCGAUCAGACAGACUCUUAGACGGUCACAACCUCAUGCCGCUGUUGGAGGGGAAGGUGGAUCGUUCGGAGCACGAGUUCAUGUUCCAUUACUGCGGGAGCUUCCUGAACGCAGCACGCUGGCACCCACCUGGAAGUGAUUCCAUCUUUAAACUGCACUUUUUCACCCCAAACUUUUCCCCCCCCGGAGCUAUCGGUUGCUACAACAGCCCUUCCUCUUGCUGCCAAUGUCACGGAGAUCACGUGACGCACCACGACCCUCCGUUGCUCUACGACCUCUUCCACGACCCGUCAGAGUCGCACCCACUGAGCCCUGAUACGGAGCCACGCUACGCAGAGGUCCUCCGUCAGAUAGCCAAAGCUGUCGAGAGACAUCAACGCUCCAAACACGACGUUCCGAACCAGAUGAACUUGAAGAAGAUUCUGUGGAGACCGUGGCUCCAACCCUGCUGUGGGACAUUCCCGUUCUGUGGAUGCAAAGAAGACGCCACACCAAGAAGCCCACAGCAGAAGGACUCAAAGGUAGACUGAAUACAGUCCCAAUGGGCCUAUAAGGACACCCUGUGGCACUCCGUACUGUAUCUUCACCAAUAAAAAGACUGCGAACCUCUCC